AUGUCACACUCUAAAGCCAGCUCUAGCCAGAGCCUAGUCAACUGUCCCACCGGAUCUUCCCGUGCUGCGCCUUACAAUGUCGAUCGUUACAUGGCCGAGUCAUCUUCCUGGACAACUUUCAGCCAAAGAACUGGCACCCCCCGCACAACCUAUAGCGACCUCAUGCAAUCGGAACUCGACAGUCUGUUGCGGCAAGCGAAGCAACAAUCUCAGACAACCUCGAAGUGA